GGCUUCUGUCACAGGAUUGCUGGUUUUUAUUCUAAUGUCAAUCUGUAUAAUAGGAUUCCUGGCAAUACGACGAAGGCGUUCUCGAAAGAGCAAUCGUCCUGGUAUACCUCGAGUCACCGAAAAAUCAGUUGUGUUCAACAAACUACGUUGUGAGAGCAUGCGCAACGGAAGCACAUCGUUCCCGAUGUGUGGCAGCAGUCACAUUGGACAUCAUUUCAGUGACGACACCGAACAUGCCUACAGCAGCGACAAUGAGGUCAUCUACGAAGAGAUAGACAACAAAAUCGUGCGCUUUCCAGAGAAGGAAGAUUUAAUGGUAAAACUGGUGCCUCAGAACAUUUACGUAAACAACAACAACAACCCAGGAAUCAGCGGUAUGGCGAACGGCGCCGCCAACGAUCAGAAGCGCCGCCAUUCUCUUCCAAACGACAUUUACACGACUGCUGGGCCGUCGACACACAAUCCUCAUUAUCAAGAGGUUUGACUCAUAAUUCGUGAUUUGGUCAGGAUUCUUGAUGUGCCAGAGAUUGGCAUUGUUCUCCAAGAGGAGAACCCAAACGAACAAAUCCUUGAACAGGAGGACGAAAGGGACUUUGAUAAAAAUACAAAAAAAUAGACGAACAAAAUGGAUAAAUAAAAAAAGAA